AUGCAACAGAGAUACCAAUACUCUUCUCUCUUCACAGCUGGUCUCCUCAUGCAGCCGCGACCAGUCCAUGCGAGCCUCAUCCCCAUCCAGCAUCCCGAAAUCUCCUCGACGCCCUUCCCAACAGGAAAUGGACCACGCAAACCCGUCGAGCCAUUGAUGAUCAGCAUUCCCUUGCAAGCCCCUUCUCCACGUCGCACCUCGAGGCGACGGCGGUCGAGCGUCACUCUGCAUCUUUCGCCCGUCUCUGGAGUCAGAUUAUCCACGCGUGCUGUAGAAGAUGCCUGGGAACGCAGCAAGCGCAACGCAAGUGCAUCGUCGAGAGGGGGAUACCCGGCUACUUCGCUCAAGGAUCAGCCGCUUGUCGCCAGCGUCGACGAGAAUGAAGACAUCGAAGCCAAUCUGCCGAGGAAGAGUCUGAGCAGGUCACGCCCACCAAGUUUACCUAUGCAAGCAAGAACAAGCAGACGGUCGCUAGGUGUGUAUUCAGCUUCUGUGCACCCAUUGUCCGCUAACUUGUGGCUCAGAAAGCAAUCCGCGACGCUUCUUCAGCCAAAGCCAGUGCCGACGAUGCCUCUCCCUGCCCUCCCGAUUGAUGGUUCCCAGCCACGAAUCGAAAUCGAGGCUACGCAGGCGUCUCUGUGA